AUUCAAAAUGUUGUUCUUCUCAGCAUAACAACCGCUGUGCACUUGAAGAAACCUCUCUAAGAAAAUAAAUUCUCUCUGACAAGAUUACAGUUUGCAAUUUUUUUACAUGUACGUCUGUAACAGGCUACAAUAUCUUAUACACUUGCCAUUUAUACCUAACAUUCAGAAAAUAAAUCGACACUGCAUAUAGGCUAAAAUCAAACAUGCACUUCUCGCAGUGCAUGGCUCGAACCGAUUUCCAGGAAAGAAUCUGAUGUUUUUAUCAAGAUGUUUUUAAGAUUCGGGCAUUUAUAUUUGUAAUAAUAAUUCAUGAUGAUUAUAAUAGCAACAACAACAAUGCGUUUUCUUGCAUAAUGACUUUGUUAUUACUCUGUCCUCAUCAAAUGAAUAUCGAACAUUUUAUAAACACGAUUCUGUUGGCAUAUUAUCUCACCGAAACGUUCAGUUGUUAUCCUUUUUUAUUUAUUUUAAUGCUGUUUAUGUACAAAUAUCAAAUUGGCCUAUAGUCUAAUUCCAUCACUCCCCAGCCCCCCUCCUCCCUGCAUCCCUCCUCCCUCUCUCCCAUCCUGGAAUCUUAUUGAUCCAGGAGGAGCUAAUUAUCUCUUCCCCUCGUGACUGUGUAAUCAGCACAUGCGCAGUCUGUUAAUUCCAGCCAUUUUUUUGCAGGAAAGUAAUUAGCAGGAAUAAAGACCGGACUGGUUUUUUUCACUCUCUCCUCCUUCCUCGAACCGAGCCGAAGCGCGUCCGUCGUCUGCAUCGCAACCAAAAACAAAACCAUUUUAAAUGCUUUAAGAAACAGUGAAAUACCUCUUUUAACUUCACCACCAUGAUGUCUCGAGCAAAGUGAGCGCAUGCAUCUGUGCGAAUGGGAUCUAUAAGCGGGUUUACUGGAAUACAAAGCAACGCAUCCGAAUGCCAGGGUGGGAUGAAUGUGCUCAGUAGCUCAGAGGAUGGAGUGUUGUGACUCUGUCCCCAUCGAUGGAGCCUCUGGGCCCCACACACAACAGCCUCCCGGGUUCUGCAGAACACUGGCCCCCAGUCCAUUCUUGCUGGCCAGAGAUCAAGCCAUUCAUCGGAGCACAGCGACCAAACAGGGUGGACUAGUGGGCCAUACUGAGGAGGAGGGACUUGGGGAGAGGUAUGAAGAAAGAAUGGGGGAAAACCAGGUUGAUGAAUGUUCUACCAGUGAGAUGAUAGAAGACAAAGGUUUGAGGGGAAAGCGUGACAUAGAGGAAGAAGAUGAUGAUGUAAAACCUCUUGGAAAGAUCUUGUAUCAGAAUGAUGGCUCGGCCUAUGUGAUGGAGACAGAGAGUCAACUUCCCUGUGGAAUUCCCUCCUCCUCAUUAGGUGCCCCAACCUCCAUCAUUAGCACCUGUUACAUUUCCACUUCUCAAAGCCUUGCUCCACAUGUUUUUCAUGUCUUCCACAUGCCUCACCUCGACAAAAGUGAACGUUUAGCUCUGAUGACCCGCCAAUCCAAAGAAAAUGCUCCUGACGUGGCAGGAUUGUCAGAAACAGAGGUGACACGGUCCAAUGUAACCAAACCCGUUCUGAUGUGCUUUCCGUGUCGGCUGUCUUUUGGCCAUUCACACUCGUUUAGGGCUCAUGCUUUACGGCAACACAACAUCACCUUCAGCGAUGAAGAACUGCAUCUGCUCUCGUUUAAACACACCUCUGCCAUAUUACAGCACGUUGGGCCAGGCAACCCCCCACUCUACUGUUUCCUAGAACCAAAAAGGAAUUGUGAAUCUGUGGUGCCACUUUGCUUGGCACCACCAACCUCUGGGAAUAACGUGGAGGACACAGCGAGACGAAAAGAGAACGAAGACGCCGAGACCUCUAAACCAAGUUUCCCUCUUCUGCACUCUCCACCCAGAACCUCCCCUGCUACCUCAGUACCAAGCCCUGCCAAAGACCCCUCAACCCUGGGCAGAGAGGCCAAACAGAGAGGCAAGGAGGAUGAAAUAUGGAACAAUGGAGAAAGUAGUGAGGGAGGAGAGAGGAGAUUGUGUUUAGAGGUAGGCAGCACUGUGGAGAACAGUGCACACAGUAUUAGCAGCAGUAGCAGACAAGAGCACAAUACUGAAGCUGCUCUGUCAAACCAAAGCAUUUCAGAACCUCCAAACACUGCAACAAUAGCAACCAGCUUUAUGAACAACACCAAAACCCUUACAGACUCUGAGACAGAGUGUGGAACAAGCUUUAACUGCCACGACCCUGCACCUGCUUCCCUUGUUGUGGUAAACCCGCCCACUGUCAAUACCACAGAACAACUUGCCAACCAAGAGAGUGCCACAGCAACAGAACCAAAUGACCCGUCAGAGAAUGGUAACGCCAUAGCAAUGGAACCAACCUCUAGGUUGUCUGAUGAUGACAGACCUCCUGACACCGACCUGCUCAAUGAUCACAGUCAUUCCACACCCCCUACACCCAGUCCCACCCUCAUCCAAAGCAGUCAGUCUGUUCUUGAAGAAGGGCACUCAGACCUGGCUUCUAGAGGAAGGUUGGUAGUGGCCGGCGAAGGAGGCUUUGUCGCUGUCGGAGAUGACGUCCAAGGAUCCUAUGUUUACAGCGUGCAGGCCUCAAUGGCGCACACCAGAAACUCCUGCAAGACAUUGAAGUGUCCGAAAUGCAACUGGCACUACAAGUACCAGCAAACUUUGGAGGCGCAUAUGAAGGAGAAACACCCAGACACAGAGUCUGGGGAGUGCCCGUACUGCAUCAGCGGACAAAGCCACCCACGCUUAGCAAGAGGUGAAACUUACUCCUGAGGAUACAAGCCCUUCCGCUGCGAGGUGUGCCAGUAUUCCACCACCACCAAAGGCAACCUGAGCAUCCACAUGCAGUCAGACAAGCACCUGAACAACAUGCAGAGCUUGCAGACGCAGUCACACACACACACCCCAGCACCUCAGCCAAGUCCUUUGUCCCAUUCGCACCCUACCAUCGCUCACCCCACCCAGGCCAGCUCCCCCUCUCCAUCCAAACUUCGGGGACGCGCGUCUUGGCGGUGCGAAGUCUGCGACUAUGAAACCAACGUGGCGAGGAACCUACGUAUCCACAUGACCAGCGAGAAGCACACACACAACGUGCUUCUCUUGCAGCAGAACCUGGCACACAUGCAACGCCAGCGCAAGCACAAUGUGACCGAGCUUUAUCGCCACUGCCAACCUGAGACCAAACUGCCCGACUCUGACUCUCUUCUUUCCAGCAAUGACACCCUGACUGACUCUGCACAGAAACUGUUUGAAUGCAUUCUGUGUGACUGCUUUUCUUGUGACACUCUAGAGGAGCUAAGUCAACACUUGACCGUGCAGCGCUCGUUGCCCAACACCUAUUGGAGGAGCACAACCGGCGACACCCAUCAUUGUCGGCUUUGCCACUACGCCACGCCUCUGCGAGCUAACUUCCAGCUGCACUGCCAGACAGACAAACACAUACAGCGCUACCAGCUAGCCGCUCACCUCCAGGAGGCCAGCAGUCACCAUGGAAACCUUGAUGAAGAAGAAUGGCGUCUCAGAUGUGUUGCUGCUGGAAACCAAGCGCAGCUCAGGUGCAAUGCAUGCGACUAUGAAGCCAGUAGCUUGGAGAAACUGAAGCUUCACACCAUGAACUCCAGCCAUGAGGCCAGCAUUAGACUAUACAAGUAUUUGCAGAAGCUGGACGGAGUGGAGGCUGAAGGCGUGUGGCUGCACUGCGCGCUGUGUGAUUUCUCCACUCGCAACAGCAUUUCUUUAGUGCAGCACUCGCAUUCUUUAAGCCACCAGAGAGGGGAGGGGCUGCUCCGAAUCCAGCAAAUCCAGAACGGUCUGCAGGACGAGGAGGAGCUCGGUGCCAUCUUUACAAUACGAAAAAGCCCUGCUCAAGAAAAUGGAGAACAUAACGUGAUGGACUCUCCCACGGAGGUUACACCUAACAAGGAAGACAGACCAGGGAAAAAAUCAGCAGAAGGAUUCAUUCAGACGGAGGUGGAGAAAAGCGAGUCAUUCUUGACUCCCAAACGCCCCUCGUCUGGAUCUGGAGAGUCAGAUGAGUCGGCGUCCUGCAAACGGCCACGCGUACAAGAAGAGAUGCGGCAGUGUCCAUUCUGUCGGUUCCGUCACACAGACCUUGAGCGUUUGAGGAGUCAUGUGAUUAACCAGCAUGCAGUUCAGCCCGCUCUCCGCUGCCCGCUGUGCCAAGACACACUGCACAGUGUUGCCCUCUUGCGUACCCACCUCGCACACCUGCACAGUGUUACUGCAGACUGCACUCAGAAACUCAUCAGCACGGUGAUUGCUUCAGACGUGCUGCCUGAGAAAAUGUUUCUACCAGUGCAAAAUUCAGACACCCAGCAGACAAUGAGCGGUCUGAACGCUAAUGAAACAAAGAGAUUGGACGAGAUUUCAACAGAUGCCGAACCUGAAAGAGGUUCCACACCACAAGAAACAUCAAAACUCCGUAAGCAACCUUCAGACGAUGCAGAAUCCACAAAGGAGAACAGUGCCGCCUUUCCUUGCUGGCAGAAAGGCUGUAACAAAUUCUUUACAUCCUCAAGUGCACUCCAAACACACUUCAACCAGCUCCAUAGCCAGAAAUCUCCAACUGCAAUAUCUGACAGACACGUUUACAAAUACCGGUGCAAUCAGUGCAGUCUAGCUUUCAAAACCCCUGAAAAGUUGCAACAGCAUGCUCAGUACCAUGCUAUCAGAGCCGCCACCAUGUGCUGCCUCUGCCAACGCAGUUUUCGUACACUGCAGGCUCUUCGGAAACACCUUGAGACUAACCACACAGAGCUAAGUGAAACCCAGAUACAGCAGCUUUAUGGUGGCUUAUUGAUGAAUGGUGAGUCCCUGUUCUCUAGAGACCAAGCUUUUGGUGACGAAGAGGAAUCACCAGAUGAAACUCUGAUGAAAGAUGAUGAAGAAUGUGAAUUGGAAGAGAGACCAAGUCCUACUGACCAUGAUUUCGGUUUGGUUAAAGACAAUGCUGAAUGUGACCUCAAACCACCAGUUAUUCCACUUCGUAAAGGCCCAAAUAUCACAAUGGAGAAAUUUCUGGAUCCAUCGAGGCCUUUCAAAUGUACAGUUUGUAAGGAAUCUUUCACCCAGAAGAAUAUUCUCCUGGUUCACUAUAACUCAGUGUCACACCUGCAUAAACUUAAACGGUCUCUGCAGGACACGACAGCUGGCGUGCUAGAACCCGUUAACAGUACUGACCACAAACCAUUCAAAUGUAGCAUUUGCAAUGUUGCGUACAGCCAGAGCUCAACUUUAGAGAUUCAUAUGCGAUCUGUCCUGCACCAGACCAAAGCUCGUUCAUCCAAGAUUGAUUCAUCUAGCUCUGGCUCAGAAUCUGUUAGCCCCCAUCCUGGCAAAGCAGUGUCCAGCACCCCCGCUACUCUGAAGCCUGUGACAAAUAAUGCUGGCCUGAACCACAAACAAAACAUUGAACACAACGGUGCACCUGCAAGCACAGAUACAAGCCAACCUUCAACAUCUGAAGUCAGGAACAAGUUGGUAGACAUUAUUGAUUCAGCUACUAAACAACAUCAGAUUUCAUUACAACAACAAAAGCAGUUAGCCCAGGCUCAAGCCCACCUCCAGCAAGAGCUCCAAAAAAAGGCUGCCCUCCUUCAGUCCCACUUAUUUAAUCCAGCACUUUUACAUUCUUUUCCUAUGGCCGCAGAGGCUCUUCUUUCAGUGCAACAACAGCAGCAGUUGCUUCUUCCUUUCCUUAUUCCAGGAGGAGAGUUUCAUAUGAAUCCAGAGCUGAGUCUAAAGAGCUCUGGGCUAAACAUAAGCACAUUAAAGCCUACAGUAAAUGAGGACACGGAGUCAUCAAAAAAGAGUGACCAAACUCCCUCUAAAGACAUUGUGGAGAAUUCUGAUAUUCGUCCUGAAUUGAAUGAGCAGAAACAGUACAGUGACUCACAAUGUGAGAAAGACACAGUUGGUCAGAACAAUAAAGAAGAAUCAAAGGAGGUGGAUGAUCUGAAUAGCAAUGAAAAAACAGAAUUGAAACAGGGUGGAGAAGAGGUGUCAGGCAAUGCAAAGGCUUUAAAUUAUUUCCUUCAUCCCAGAAUAGCCCAUGAUGCACCUGGAAAUGCUUCAAGAGCUUUGCUUGAGAACAUCGGGUUUGAGUUAGUUAUGCAAUUCAAUGAAAAUAAGCCGCAAUAUCAGAAAAAUCUUUCCGAGACGUUACCAAAUGGUGUUGGAGAAAUAUCCGAUGCCAAAGAGGUGGAAAAUUCAGAGAACACGAAGAAGCUUGAGUGUGAGUCUUGCGGUAAGCUUUUUUCAAAUGUGCUGAUUCUGAAGAGCCAUAAAGAACAAAUUCAUGGUUCCAUAUUCCCCAUCAAGUCAUUGGAGAAAUUUGCUAAAGACUACAGGAAGAAAUAUGACAAACUCUUCCCCUUGACACCUACAACUACUGAGGCUUCUCCUGUGUCUUCCCCAUCUCCAUCACCCCCUGCUCCUCCUACUUCAGUACAGCAGCCACAACAACCACCAGUGCAGCCAAUUAUAUCUGCCUCUACACUCAGUGCUUCUCCUGCGACUGUCUCCAUUCCCCAAAUUAAAGCUCCAUUAGCACCAAUUCCUCUACCUAUGGAACUGCCACUCUUCCCUCCGCUUCUGAUGCCUCCAUUACCUUUGCAGGCUUUGACUCCUCAGGUCCCCGUUCAUCUGCCCCCAGUGGAAGCUGGCCAGACACUUGAUUUGACUCAGCUCUAUCAACAGCAGUUAACUCCAGCCAUGUUACAGCAACAAAAUAAAAGACCUCGAACCAGAAUCACAGAUGACCAGCUGAGAGUCCUGCGCCAGUAUUUUGAUAUAAACAACUCCCCAAAUGAAGACCAGAUCCAUGAGAUGGCCGACAAAUCUGGCCUGCCACAUAAAGUCAUAAAGCACUGGUUUAGAAACACUCUAUUUAAAGAACGCCAGCGCAACAAGGAUUCUCCGUACAAUUUUAGUAACCCUCCCAUCACAACACUGGAAGAGGUAGAUAUGGAGUCAAAGCCCCCCUCUCCUGAUCCACCAAGGCAAGAGUGUUAUGGAGGGAGGAGAUCUUCAAGAACCAGAUUUACAGAUUACCAGCUUAGAGUACUGCAGGAUUUCUUUGAUGCCAAUGCAUACCCCAAAGAUGAUGAAUUUGAGCAGCUCUCUUACCUUCUCAAUCUUUCCACUCGUGUCAUUGUGGUGUGGUUUCAAAAUGCUCGCCAAAAAGCCAGAAAGAACUAUGAGAACCAAGGAGAGGAAGUGAAGGAUAGUGAACAUCGAGAUCUAUCCAAUGACCGCUACUUUAGAAAUUCCAACAGCAGUUACCAGUGUAAAAAAUGCAGCAUGGUAUUUCAGCGCAUUAUUGAUCUAAUUAAUCAUCAGAAAAAGCACUGUUACAAAGAUGAGGAUGAGGAAAUGCAGGAUGACCUAAAUGAAACCAUGGUGGAUUUUAAGAUUGAGUGUCAUAGUCCAACAUCUGGACCCUCAUGUUUAACACAAGCAAGCACCUCAUCAAGCCCCUCCAGUUCAUCUGUGUCAAACACUAAUGUUAAGUCCACUGAUUAUGAGCAUUUGCAAACAAAUAAUUCAACUGGAGAGCUCAAACAAACAAGUGAAGCAUCGUCUGACCUUAAACAGGCUGCAAGUGAAGAUUUAGAGAGCAGCAUGCAGAAGCUAGAGACUAACUGUGAAGAAAAACAAAACGCAAGCGCAGAGAUUCACACUCCAUCCCCUCCUAAACAAGAAAAGCUUUCCUGUACAUCUCAAACAAACCCAGUUCCAUCACAGAGCUCCCAAAAAAUGUUUAGUCCUUCAGAGAUUUCUUCAUCCGAACAACAACAACAGAAGCCUCCCCAAGAAAUUUGCCCUUACUAUUGUAUCCAGUGUAAAUUGAGCUUCCCAUCUUUUGAACAUUGGCAAGAGCACCAGCAAAUGCACUUCCUUACUCAGAGCUAUUUUCCUACCCCACAGUUCAUGGAUUGUCCUGUAGAUAUGCCUCUUAUGCUGUUUGAUCCUACUAAUCCCCUACUGGCAAGGCAUCUGCUUUCAGGUACAAUUCCUCAGAUGGCAGUAAACCCACCUGCAAUGACCACCAUUCCUGAUUCGACCAUAAACUCGCUGAAAAGGAAACUCGAAGAGAAAGCAGGAUGCAGUUCCAUGGAAAAUGAUUGGGAAAAUAACGGGGAUGAACCCCAGCGAGACAAGCGCAUGAGGACCACCAUUACACCAGAGCAGCUGGAGGUAUUAUAUCAGAAAUAUCUUCUAGACUCCAAUCCAACACGCAAGAUGCUUGACCAUAUCUCUAAUGAGGUGGGUCUUAAGAAAAGAGUAGUUCAGGUCUGGUUCCAGAAUACCCGAGCACGUGAGAGGAAAGGUCAGUUUCGGGCUCUGGGUCCAACUCAAAUCCAUCGCCGCUGCCCAUUUUGCAGAGCUUUGUUUAAGGCACAGACUGCUCUCGCUGCCCACAUACGUUCACGUCACUGGCAUGAAGCACGAAAUACAGGCUUUGGUUUGGCGAUGUCUAGAAUGACUCAAGAUCAAGAAAGUUCUUAUAUCAAAGCUGAUUCGUUUGAUUUUGGUAAUUAUUCCCAGUUUUCAAACACACUUGAUCAUCCAGAUUCUCCAAUGAGUAAAAGUAUGGACAAGUCCUCACAUCAGCAGCGUCUGAGCCCAAAGUCUUUGAAGAGUGAGGGAAUAGGAGAUUUUGAGAACCCUUCCAUGUCAGUCUGUAAGACUUUUGAACAAAGCAAGAUGAAUAACUGUGAACCUACCGCCAACAUGACCCAUGACCAUUCAGUUGAUGAAGGAAAUGACUCUCUAGAUGGGAAACAUGGCGGUGUUGACCAAAUGUCAUCCAACACCGAAAGAGAGGUUUCUUCAGAAAAUGAUGAAAAGAUGUCUUCUGGACUAGUUAGUCCAGCAAUAAGUUUUAAUGCUAAAGAUUUUGACAAUGAUUUAGUCUUGGAUUAUAGUGAGAAUUCCAGUCUGGCUGAUCCAGCUUCACCAUGCCCUGGUAGUUCCAACAGUUUUGACAAUGGUCAUAAACGCUACCGUACUCAAAUGACCAACCUGCAGGUGAAAAUACUCAAAGCCUGUUUUAGUGACUAUAAAACCCCAACUAUGCUCGAGUGUGAAGCCUUAGGCAAUGACAUUGGUCUUCCCAAGAGAGUGGUUCAGGUGUGGUUUCAGAAUGCUCGAGCCAAGGGGAAGAAGGCCAAGCUGAGCCUUGCCAAGCAGUUUGGUACAGAGAGUACCUCUAUUGACCGACCUAAAAAAGAAUGCACGCUGUGCUCUGUCAAAUACAGCGGGUGCUUGUCUGUUCGUGACCAUGUCUUCUCCCAGCAACACCUUGCUAAAGUUAAGGAGGCCCUGGGUGGCCAGAUGGAGAGGGACAAGGAGUAUUUGUGCUCGGUAUCUGCCCGCCAGUUAAUGCCUCAGCAAGAGGUUGAUCAGAUAAAAAAGGCAAGUGAUAUUCUUGGACUUAACCAAACUGGACUUCAAAGCCAGUCAUCUGUGUACUCAAUACCUGCAAGCAUACCAGGUGGCAGCAACACCAUGGUCACCAUUAAAACAGGUGCCAGUGAGCCAGCCUCAAAGUCCUCUUCUGCCAUAUCAGCUAUGGAUGACAAACAUGUAGUUAGCACAACCAACUCUGUCUUGACCCCAAAGACCACACAACAAGACCUGCUCCAGUUUCCCAAAGAAAAUGAUACUGAGAGUAAAAAGAUUCCCACAAACAAGCUUGACACCACUCCCCAAUCAAACUCCUCUUGCUGUAUAGAGAAGCCAGACUCUCCCAGACCAGAAGUAUCUGUUCCAAAUACUGCAAGGGAAUAUGCCAUGGAUCCAAGUCAACUACAAGCUCUACAUGCAGCAAUGAAAUCUGAACAAGCUGCUCUGCUCCCUAGUCCCCUCUUGCCCUAUAUGAUGCCUGGCUUUACUCCAAUUUUUUCUCCCCAUAUCCCUACACCAAUGUCUAGUGGGCUCCUGCAGCCCAUGUUUGGCAUAGAGAGCAUGUUCUCAUAUGGUACAGUCUUGCCACAGGCUCUCAUGGGGCUGUCUCCAAGCUCCCUUCUCCAGCAAUAUCAACAGAAUCUGCAGGGUGCAUUGAUGCAACAAAGACUGCAGCUGCAACAGUUGCAGCAAACUGAGAAACCAAAAUCUAGCCAGAUCUCUGCUCACCUUCAUGCAGAGGACACCAGAGGACCUGUCCUGGAUUCAACCAAACGUGACAAGAAACAAGGCACUCCCAAUGACACACAUUCCCCGUCUGUAAACACUAAACAGCCACAACUGGAUGAUAAUGUUCUUCAAAGUCACUGUAUUGUCUCCAAAGCAGCAUGUGGAGGGGAGGGCAAAGAUGGUCAACCGUAUGACUGCCUUGCUUGUGAGGUGUCUUUCACUGGGGACGCAGGGCUCAUCAUGCACCUGGAGAACCCUCAGCAUAGACAAAGAGUGGCAGAGAGACUGAAUUCCAAAGAGCAUGCUUCUCCUGAAUUACCUCACGUCAGUCCCUCAUCUACCUCUCAGCCAGACCCACCCGGUGAACAGAGAUCCUCUUCAACUGCCCCGUCUGUUUUAGAGACUCCCUCUGGAAGUUCGUCUGAUACGCGACUUCCCCAAAGCUCGAUUUCAGCUUUACCCGAGACAACCCAAAGCUCAACGGCUUCUCUCUCGUAUCACAUUGUUUCGCCUUCAAGUGUUACCUCAAGCCUGACAAGCCUCGCAAAGACUUGUCACAUGAAACCUGCAGACUCUGCAGAUGGGUGUUGCGACGAGUCGUAGGAGGGACAAGACUCAACGUAAUAUAUCGGAGCAAGAGGUUUAUGUGGUUUUUAUGGCUGGGCACGCCUCAGAGGAAACUUCACAAGAAAGCAGGUGGAAAGUAAAAUAUAAAUGCCUCCACUUUAGAUUACAUUGGAGGGAAGACAUGAACCACACCUAGUUUGACAGACUGUUUUAAAGGACUGAAUCCUGUUGGAUCCGACUUGCAUUUGCCAGUGCUUGUAACCAAAAACAAGUGUCAGUAGAAUGUUUUUCCAUUUCAAUAUGCUGGUUUUUACCUAAAACUUGAGUAUAUGUAGAACUGUUUGGAAACUAAAGGGUGCACAGCUAAAGACUGGUGAAGAACCUAAGAUGGUUUCAUAAUGACCUAACUAACCAAAAGUCUGUUUAUAACAUAGGCGUUUUAACAGACCCUCACAAAACACCCACACUAUUUUUUGCCCUGUUACGUGUUAAAAUAUUAUAUUGUUGGCAUAAUGAAGUGAUGUAAUGUAUUUUGAUGUUGUCUUCUCUCAGGUCAACAGCUCUCAAUUUUGUUCUGUUGCAAGACAUACCAAUAGAAAAUAUAUGAAGCCCAAAAGAAAACGUGUAAUGAAUGAAAAUUUACCUAAAAUUGCUUAUAGAUGUUUUUUCUUAAAUGGACAUUGAAUUGUCCAGACACAAAGCAGACCGUUGUAAAUUGUGGACGAGAAUGAUUUAGUUUUUCUUUCUUUUCGAAAAAUGACAAAAAACAUUGUGUUAAUGAUAGAUACAUGUAUGAACAUUUUGGUGUUGCGUAGAUUGUUGAGUUCAAAUGACUUAAUUGUACGUUAGGUUUAAAACAAACGACUUGUAUAUUUAACUUUUGUAUUGUCCCAGUCAAAGACACUUGAGGCUGUUUAGCCGUGCUCAUGUUAAAACAUAGCAUUUACCCUCUAAUGCUGUUGAAAACUCUCACUGUACGACCGACCUCCUCUCCUGCACUGAGCCAAGUUCAAAGACCCUAUCUGUGUAUGAAUUAGAUGGAUGCGCAUCUAUGAGAUAUUUUCUAGUUUUGUUGUCUUUUAAACGAAACAUUUCAAUUGUGCACUUAUUUUCUUUUCUUCUUUUUGUUUGCCUUCGAUACUGUUAUUUCACUUUUAAGACGGUAGUACUUCAUUUUCGUCACUACGGGGUUUAUUAUUUCUUUAACAUUUCUGCACUUGCCAUGAAUACCAAUAACAAUGUCAAUAUUAUGAAACAAUAAUAAUAACUUGCAGUAUUGCUUUAAAGGAAAAUCCAAAGAUAACGUAGUCUUACCAUUGGUGCAUACAAAGGAUUGAAAAAACUUUAUACUUGAGAAAAUAUUACUGUUUUUAAGGAAUGGAAACUUUUUAGAUGAUGGAGCCAGCUACAAGAAUACUGUUUUAGCUAACUUAUGAGAACGUUUGUGACCUCAUAUAUGAACCAACCAGAGAACCAAAAAGAAAAGCAGAAAAACAAAACGCGGAAGAUAUGGGACAGCACUGCUGUGCAGUCAUUGUAGUUUGUAUUAUAGAGGUGGAGAUCACACAGUUUGCUUCUCUAUGUCUGGUCUUUACUUUUCGUCCCGUUGGAUUUCUUUUCGUACCGUUUGUUCUACUAAAUGUAUUGGGUCUAAUUGUCGAGGAUAUAGAGUGUGCUGCUAAUGUAGGUUUGUACUAAGAUGCAUGCUUGAUUUUGCUUUUCGCCGAAGCUUUAAUGACGACCGUCAGUAGCCACAAGCCCAUCCUCGUGUCACUGCAGCUCUGUCCACACAUGACUGAAGACUGUGAUUUCCAUGAACUACGUUAUGUCCUUCUAGCCAACCAAUGAUGUUAUAUUUAUACAAAGUUUGCAUUCCAAAUAUCACAUUGUCAUUUCAAUUGUCUGUUUUUGUUUUAAUUGUAUUCUGCUUCGAAGGGGACUGCGUAACGUAUGCUCUCACUUCUGUUGUGUGAGACUGUGUUACUCUACGUGUUCCUGGAAAUGUUAUUACCGUAGCGAUCGCCAAAUAAUGUAUGUUCAUGAUGCACUUGGGUUUAUUCAUGUGACUCACUGGGCUAAUGUCUCCCGUUCUCUUAUAUACAAGCAUUCAAAG